UACUGGCAAGGACAUUGCUAUUGCAUUGAAAGGAGUCGUACUGGAACUUGGAUUGAAGCAUUGCGAUACUGCAAACGAUAUCGAGACACAGAGCUAUUAACAAUCACGAAUCCUUCAGAAAAAAUGUGGAUUUUACAGUUGCCUCUGGACAAUUUUUGGAUUGGAUUGAAUAAUUUGGAAGAUAUGACUAAUUUUAGAUGGUCCGAAGGAUCACCAGCAGAUCUGACAGCACCCUGGUUUUGGAUCACACACCCAGUUCAGCCAAACACUACGUACUGUGUGAAAAUUUCUAACGGCAACUUGAUUCCUUUGGACUGUAAUGUCAAGGCCCAUUGGAUAUGCAAGAGAAGUGCAGAUGUUGAGCGAUAUCAAGAGCAUAAAGCCAAAGUCCUUCUCUCAUCAACACGUGAUCCAUUAGAAGUACAUGCAGAUUUGCACUUUGCUAAAGAAGCCUGCCUGGAACUUAGGGAGAAGUGCACAGGAAUUUCUACCUGGCAGAAUGCUUAUGUCCUUGCUAGAGGAACAGAAUUGAUGAAAAGUGAAGAGAGCAAUUCCUACGCCUACGUAAAAUCAGAUUGUGCUAUGGGUUACUUCGGAAAGGAUUGUUCGUCUGUGUGCAGUUUAUGUUACAAUAAUGGCCUCUGCAAUCCAUACACAGGCACUUGCAAUGAUUUCCACUUUUGCAGUGCCCAGAGUGCACCAACAGCCUGUCAAAGAGAAAUGAAAAGUGUAUGGUGCCCACGUUUUCCUGGUUGGUCGUAUUGGGAAGGCAACUGUUACUUUGUGAGCACAGAAGCCUCUGUCAGUUGGGUAAAAGCAAGGCAGAUGUGCAGAAGAUUCAGAAGUGCAGAUCUGCUGUGGAUUGGGAGCCAAAAAGAACUGGCUUGGCUGUUGUCUCUAAUUACAUCUGAAACUUUUUGGAUUGGACUGAAUAGCAGGCAGCAAGAGUCUAUAUGGAUUUGGUCAAAUGGGAACUCAGCAGCCAAAGAACUUCACUGGUUACCGAUGUCUGGAGAGUCAGCUGGAAGAUGUGCCGGUAUGAAAUCAACAUCCUCAAGUAUUUUGAAGUUAAACUGUGAGAAUGAGCACAGGUGGCUCUGUAAGAAAACUGAAUCACCAAACAUUUUUGAUGCGUUUCUUGAGCGAUACCUAUCAGGGCCGCUUUCAUCAAAGAAAAUAUACGACUCCCUUCAUGAUGCCAAGAUAGACUGUUUAUACGACAACAACUGCACAGGAGUAGUUAAAGUCUCUAAUUACUUCAGAAGAGUGGCAGGAAUUGAUGAGAUCCAUUUUUCUGAAUUGGCUGCUGACUCAGAUGUCGUUACGUACGUGAAACAGGAAUGUUCUUUCGGAUACUAUGGAGAAAACUGUAUGCAGCUGUGUCCCUCAUGCCGUGGAAAGUUUAGGUGCAACUCAGUAAUGGGCAGAUGCCCAGAAAAGUUAAUUUGCAUGGACCAAUUUAAAGGUGAAAUUUGUGAAUCAGGCCUCACCAGUUUAAAAUGCCCUCAAGAUCCUAUCUGGUGGUAUUGGAAUGGCAAUUGUUACUACAUAGAAAGGAAAGAGAUGAUGCCAUGGGAGCAGGGCUUAGCUCUGUGUACAUUUUAUAACAAUGCUAGUCUUUCUAAGCUAGAUAAUGAAGAAGAAAAGAUGUGGGUAGCUUCCAUGUUGGAAGGUGACGCCUGGAUUGGUUUGUCAAGGCAGCAGGAUGCCUGGAAUUGGAUUAGUGGACAUGGAGCUGAACUUAACUCCAGUUGGCUUUCAGAUAUUCAAAUGGAUCAACAUGGAUGUGCUCAGAUCAAGAAAGGAGGCAUACUUAUGGCAACUAAUUGUUCCACACACCUCUACUGGGUCUGUAAAAAACCAGCAGAUGUUGAUAUUUUCUUGGAGUAUCCUGGGCAUCUUUUGCUUUCUCUUGCUGAGAUGGCUCAGUACAAGACCCUAAUGGAAGCCAAGUUCUACUGUGCAAUGACAGAGACGUGUACUGGAAUAAAUAGUUGGCCAUCCAGGUUUUCCCUUGUCUCAGGAACUGAAAUGGUGACUGCAACCAUUAGAAAUGCAGUUUACUUGAAAACAAGCUGUGUUUCUGGGCGAUAUGGAUAUGGAUGUAAGGAAGCCUGUCCUGAGUGCCGUAAUAACCUACCUUGUAAUAGCUUGACUGGGAUUUGUGAUGAAAACACCCGUUGUCUUGCUCCCUUCAGCACAAGGAGUUGUGUAAUAAGCACAGUCAGUUUAAAAUGUCCAGAACUUGGUUGGCAAUACUGGAAGAGGUAUUGUUACUUUAUCCUUCCAGCUAAUUGGAAACCUUGGAAGGAUGCCAAUACUACGUGCAGUCGGUACAGAGGUGCUGAACUCCUUUGGUUUGAAAGUGUGGAAGAACUGACUUGGAUAACAGAAGUUGUGUUUGGAGAAACAUGGACAGGACUGCAAGAUAUAAAUCAAGAUGGUAUCUGGGCAUGGGCACAUGAAGAUAGUGCAUCUAGUGUUUUGCCAUGGUUAGCCCUAAAAAAGAAGAAAAGACAGCAUAGAUGUGUUGAAUUGACAGCUGAUAAAUACGUGUCUGUAGCAGACUGUAAUAAAGCCAAGGGGUGGGUGUGCAAGAAGGCAGCAGAACCAGAUCUUGAUGUGUUCAUGGGCUUUUGGGAUACAGUAACAGUCUUUCCAACAUUGACAAUAUCUAAUAACUACACUAACCAUACACUGGCCAGAGAACAAUGUGUAAAGCAGAAACGUGGGUGCCUUGGCUAUAUGCUUUGGAGAGAUGCUUAUUUACUGAUACCUAACUCUGAAUUGGUUAUUGGUGGAUUUGCACCCAGUGUCACAUACCUAAAAUCAGCUUGUAAUGUUGGAUACUAUGGAGUGUCGUGUGAACAGGAAUGCUCACGUUGCUAUUGGGACAGGCCAUGCAAUAGCAUAUCUGGAGAGUGUGUGGACAGUGUUGUUUGUGCUGCACCAGAAGAUGUAGGGGCCUGUGAUUUAGGCAAGUACAGCUUGAAGUGUCCUCUUGGUUUUGGCUGGUGGUACAGGAAUGGAUGGUGCUACCUUAUAGAAGGCAACAGAAAUUUGAGCUGGAUGGAAGCCAGGCUGUUUUGUAGCCAUUUUAAAGGAACAAGUCUAUUGAAGCUGGAAUCCUCUGAUGAAAAGGACUGGCUGCAAAAGAUGAUAAAAUGGCCUGUGUGGAUAGGAAUGAAUAGGGCGACAUCAGACUCUGUGUGGCAGUGGAUAGAUGGAGCAACAGCUGACACCUGGAUAAAGGUUCAAGGAAAUGCAGCUGCAAACUGCGUUGCUGUUUGGUAUAAUGAAACGACUUUACGAGGAGUUGAUUGCCUUUCAAAACACAAUUUUGUGUGUAAAAGAAGAGAAUCUGAAAAUAUGUUUCAGUUUUAUGCUGGCCACAUCAUAAUGCACAGUCAGAAUGCGAUUCCAAAAGUGCACUCUUCCCUUAAAUCUGCUGAAAAUGCUUGCCUGUAUGAGAGAACACACUGUACUGGAAUAGUCUAUUCAAAGAAGCAGUAUCAUUUGGUUGGUGGAACAGAAAUAUUUAGAAGUUCUUAUAAAGCUGACUCAUUAUACCUUAAAACUGGUUGCCACCCAGGUUAUUAUGGCUCAGACUGUCAGUCCACAUGCCGUCCGUGUGACAGGGGUCUUCCUUGUAACGGUGUUACAGGACACUGUGUGGGAACUUCCAGUGUUACUUGUAGCUUACAGUCUCAAGAUCCACAGUGCUCCCCUGGAGAAGUUUCCAGGCAGUUGUGCCCACAGAGGCCUGAGUGGCACUAUUUUCUGAAGACGUGUUACUACAUAGAAGACACCAAAACUAAGACAUGGAGUGAAGCAAGAAGAGCAUGUCAGGGUUUUAAAGACACGGACCUUGCUAUAAUUACAGACAAUGUAGAAAAGACUUGGAUACAAUUUAAAGGAGAGAACAGCUGGAUAGGUAUGACCUAUAAGAAAGAAGAUUCCCUGUACGUGUGGGUUGAUGGCAAACCUGCACAUGCUGAAAGUGCAUGGGUCAUCAGAACAAACAGGAGACAUAUGCUUGUCAAAGAAGACUGUGUGGUUGCCUUCAAGCAUUAUUUUUCUCCCGCACAUUGUUUCUCGCUGAGAAAAUGGAUAUGCAAAAGGAAGGAAGUUCUCAACUACUUUACAGUACAUGAGGGGAGAGUGUUAUAUAGCCCUUAUGUACCAGCAUCAAAUAUUUAUAACAACGUAACGGCCGCCAAAGAUGCUUGCUCCCAUCUACAGAACUGCACUGGAGUAGUGGUUGUGGGAGAGCACAACAUUGUACAAAGUGGAACAGAACUCUAUAACAUCAGGAACAGAACUGUGAAAACCCUUAUCAAAUCGGAUUGUGUUUCUGGAAGGUUUGGGCCUCUCUGUGAGCAUGAGUGCCCACCCUGCCAGCAGGGAGUUUCUUGCAAUCCCCACACAGGAAAGUGUGGGGAUACAGUGUUUUGUACUACAGAGAGUAGCAGUAUCCCCUGUGAAAAAGGUUCCUUGUUUGGCGGGUCAUGUCCUGUUGAAGAUGAAUGGCAGUACUGGCAAGGAAGCUGUUACUAUAUCCCCAGAGCAAAGAGGCAAAGCUGGCAGCAUGCAAGAGACCUGUGCAGGCGUUACAGGGACACAGAUCUUCUGUGGCUAGCACAUCCUGAGGAGAAGGAAUGGCUGUUCUCUAAAGUUCCCAAAGCAUCCUUCUGGACAGGCCUUUAUGGGGUUAGGUGGUGUUCAGUUUUGAAGUGGUCAAACAGUCAAAUCCCUUUUGCACGCUCAGCAUGGUUGUCUCUACACAAGUGGACUGUAACUGCCAAGUGCUGUGUGCAGCUGAAUGCUCUGAAGGGCCAUUUGGCAGCUGUUUACUGCUUUCAGAAAGCCCCGUGGAUUUGCAAGAGAAAAGAAGAAGGAAUGAUCGAUUUCCAGGAAUUCCAAGGAUAUUAUGUGGUUGGCACCUAUACAUCAAACUCUUCCUACCAGUCAUCACUGGAAGCUGUACAGCUCUGUAGAUUUCAGCGAAGCACUUGCAAUGCCGUUGGGAUGAUCAAAGGAGAAUACAGAACUAUGUUUGCCACCCGGCUUCUGCUCAUCAGUGGAGCCCUUGGAGAUGAAAGUGCUGCCUAUAUAAAAUCGGCCUGUGCCUCAGGAUACUAUGGUCCAGAAUGCCAGGGUAGUUGCACCUGUAAUAAAAUUGAAAACUGCAACCCUUUCACUGGAGAAUGUGCUGAGUACUUACAGUGUUCAGAGAAAUAUGUGGCACAACAGUGCCAAAGAGGUGUGGUCAGUCUGAAGUGUCCAGAGAACCCUGGGUGGUGGUACUGGAAUGGCAGGUGUUAUUAUAUAGAAGAAACGAAUAGUUCAACCUGGCUAGAAGCAAAGAAUUUCUGCACUGCCUAUAAUGGCACUGAUCUCCUUGUAUUGGACAGUGCAGAAGAAGAGGCCUGGAUAACCUCUGUGUUAAACAAACCUGCGUGGAUUGCCUCAGUGGUUUCCUUGCAAAGGGAUAAGGAAAACAUGGGCAGGAAGAAUCAGCAUAUUUUGGUAAGCCACACCAAAAAUACCACUUUGACCGCUUGUGAUCAGCUAACUGCGAAUGGGAGCUUGAACCAAAUUAACUGCUCAUCCUCAGCUUCCUGGGUUUGUAAGAGAAAUGAAGGUAAUGGCAUUUUUUGGAAAUACCCCAGAAUGCUGCUCCUGCAGCCGCUAGGAGGAUUAACAUACACAUUCUUGGAGGUUGCGAUGUCAGCCUGUAUCAUAGCAGCUGAUUGCUCUGGAGUAACUUACUGGGGGCAAAGUUACAUACCUGUCAGUGGUAAAGAGCUGAUCUUCAACAGAAAAAGAAAUGUUGCUGUGUACCUGAAAAGUGCUUGCAGUGAAGGACGGCAUGGCAUGUAUUGCCAACAGAAGUGCCCACGCUGUCUCAGCCGUACAACCUGCAAUAGAAUCACAGGGUUGUGUGAUGGUGCAGUGACUUGUCACGAAAUUAAGAAAUUAGAGCUUUGUGAAUAUGACCUUACAAGCAAGAUGUGUUUCCCCUUUUGGAAAUACUGGAAUGGAAAUUGUUAUUAUAUUCCUCCUUUUGGGGCACUGAAUAAGAGUGGAGCAGAAUUUAUGUGUGGUCAAUACGAAGGGUCCCAGCUGUUAAAAUUACAAGAUGCAGAAGAACAGAGGUGGAUUGCUAAAGUCAUCUCUAAGAAAAGCUGGUUACUCAAGCUGAGCCAUAAUCUCCAGUCCAAAACCUGGAUCAUGCCUGGUAGAGACACCGGAGUGCCUCAUUGGGGUUUCCAAGAGGCUCAGGAUUUGUGUAUUCAGAUUGAACCUGUAAAUGGGACCUUGAUUUCAUCUCCCUGCUCAGAACUGGCUUCGUGGAUUUGCAAGGUCACACCAGUUCCCGGAGCACAGGAUUCCAGUUAUAUCUGGUGGAAAUCGUUGGUCCUGUCAUUUUUUGUUUCAGUUCUCGUAGUUUCUGCUAGUGUGCUUGUUACAUAUAAAGCUGCCCAUUGGAGAAGAGCGGUGUCUCUAGAAAAGGGCAAUGAUGAGGCUGAGCAAAAGAGUGAAUCAGAGGAGAGAAAAGGACAAGACAGCCCUCGAUCCAGAAGAAGCAGCCCCUCUAAUUAGGGUGCAUGACAGCAGACCCACCCCAUCCUUCCUAGUAAGAAGGUUUGGCUUUGAGAAGAAGUUUGAGUUAAGGAAUACAUGCAUGGAAUCUGAGAGCCCAUUAACAGACACAAAAAUAUUUAGCUUACAAGUUGUUGAAUGUCUUAAUUGACUUUUAUUAGAGUUUCUGUACUGUCUCUGAGCCCCCGCAGUCUCAAGUGACUCCAUCUGUUAGAAACAAUAUCUGUCUUUGUGUGUGUUGGCACUGCCAUUUCAUCAAAGCAGAAUAUACCUAGAAUAUGACUAAUCUAAAAUAUGUCCUUAAAUCAUUUUGCAUUUCACUCAGAGAAGUGUUCAUCUGUGUUUUUCUUUUUUGUGGAAUAGUUCA